AUGAGUUGGCUCUACCCCUUCAGCGGGCUCAAUCGCAGCAACAGCCGUAGCAGUACCAGCAGUCACCGCAUCCAGCACAGUCGGGACAGACACUCAACUACCUCCCGCCCCCACCGCAACAGCACCACCUCCUCCCUCUUCAGUAUAGGCGGACACGCUAACCGCUCAACGCCCUCAAUCUUCUCAAUUGGCAGCCAGGCCUCGUCCUCAUCGCGCCGCGCCAAGCCCCGUUUGGGUUUUGUAUCGCGCGUGCUACGCAAGAUCAGACGGCUGUUCCGCGACAUCCUGCGCUAUGCGCGCCGGCGGCCUCUCAAGGUGUUUCUGCUGGUUAUCGUGCCGUUGAUUACGGGUGGGGUGCUGCAGAAGCUGUUGUCUGUGGUUGGAAUACGGCUGCCGCCGUCCUUGGGAGGGGGAGGGGGUUACAAAGGACGUAGUAACGGGGGUGGGUUGGAUUCAGUUCUCGGAGGUGGGGGAAGCUGGGGUGGGAUGGGUGACAGUGUAGGUGGGUUGGUGUCGUUGGCCAAGUUGUUUGUGUAA